AUGGCGCCCGGAACACCUGCUGGAUGUUUCCUGGACAGCCUGAACAACCUGUCUGCCCUGUAUUUCAGCGACCUGUCUGCCCUGUACUCCCGGAGCGAUCGGUUUGCUUCUUAUAACUUGCUUAUUUUUUGGUCUCUCAUUAAUGGCUCUAGAGUUCUGUGGUUCCUCAAGAGAGUACUCUUAGUCUUUGGAUUUGGCGUUCUUUUCUGGCUGUUCGAAAUCGUGAUCCUUCAUACCGACGAGCAUCGUCUCAACACAGCGCUCACGCCUCAUCCUGCUCCAGCAGCACAGGCGCUGAAGCUCUUAUCGGAGGACCGACUCAGGAAGCUCUUUACCUACGAUGGAAUCUGGCUGUUCCCGAAAAACGAAUGCGACUGCACAACCGGUCACCAGGGAGGUUAUAACUUUGAGAAUGCCUACGGCAAGAGCGACCUCCCAGCCGUGAGAGCACGUCGAGAGGCGGAAUAUGAACACUUUCAGAGGAGAGAAGGGCUGCCCCACCCACCACCACUGCUGGCUCAACCCAACCUCCCUUUUGGGUACCCGGUCCAGGGCGUGGAGGUGAUGCCCCUGCACACAGUUCCCAUCCCAGGACUCCGGUUUGAAGGACCAGAGGCUCCCUUCUAUGAGGUGACCCUAACAGCUUCUCUGGGGACACUGAACACCCUUGCUGACACUCCGGACCAUGUGGUGCAGGGCAGAGGCCAGAAGCAGCUGGUCAUUGCAACCAUGAGCCGGAAACUUUUGAAUUUCAUCCUCCGGCACGUGACUUACACCAGCACUGUGUACCAGCCGCACCGGGUGGACAUAGUGAGUCUAGAGUCUAAGUCCUCGGUGGCCAAGUUUCCAGUGACCAUCCGCUACCCUGUUAUCCCCAAAUUAUAUGACCCUGGACCAGAGAGGAAGCUCAGAGACCUCGUGACUAUUGCCACCAAGACUUUCCUUCGCCCCCACAAGCUCCUGCUUCUGCUCCAGAGCAUUCGCCAGUAUUACCCAGACUUGACCGUGAUCGUGGCUGAUGACAGCGGGAAGCCCCUGAAGAUUAAUGACAGCCAUGUGGAGUAUUACACCAUGCCCUUUGGGAAGAGAGCGCCCCGGCCCCGGGCGCCCGCCCACGUCCCAGCGGGGAGACUCAGGAAGCGGCGGGGAGAGGUGACGCCCCAGGCCGGGAACGUCUGGGAUGCCCGGGAUGCGGAAGCCCGCGGUCCCCUGCUUCCGCCCACCGGGCUGGCCUCGGUCCCAGGACCCAGGACCCAGCCGGGCCAACCGGGCGCCGGGCCGCUUUCGAAACGCUGUUCCUCCCGCUCUGCGCCUUGA